AUGCGAUGCAACCCAAAUGAAGACAGGGACUCGUCGAGCGCAAGACUACAAAGGAAGACGUUCCGCUCGCUCACUGACCAGCCCCACGCUUGGGCCACAUAUCUCCACGGCCGGAGCUGGAGCUGCAGCUCACCACACUCCCUCCUCCAUCCCCAGUCCACACCAAGGCGUGAGCGUGAGCUCGAAGCCAUGGCGGCCGUGGGGACGCCGCAGGAACCGUACGCGCCCAAGCCGGCGGCCGAGGGGAGGGGCUACUGGCGGUGGCACAGGGACGAUUUCUUCCCGGAGCCGUCGUUCGCGAGCUGGGGCGCGUACCGCUCCGCGCUGGCCGCGACCCCCGCGAGGCUCCGCGACCGCUUCACCGGCCGCUCCACCGACGCCAUCGAGCUCGGCGCGCUGCGGCGCCGCAGCGAGAACGAGAUGCGCCGCUGCCUCACGUGGUGGGACCUCACGUGGUUCGGCUUCGGCUCCGUCAUCGGCGCCGGGAUCUUCGUGCUCACCGGCCAGGAGGCGCACGACCACGCCGGCCCCGCCAUCGUGCUCUCCUACAUCGUCUCUGGCCUCUCCGCUAUGCUGUCCGUGUUCUGCUACACCGAGUUCGCCGUCGAGAUCCCCGUGGCCGGCGGCUCCUUCGCGUACCUCCGCGUCGAGCUCGGCGACGUCGCGGCCUUCAUCGCCGCCGCGAACCUUAUCCUCGAGAGCAUCAUCGGCACGGCCGCGGUGGCGCGCUCCUGGACGUCCUACUUCGCGUCGCUCAUCAACAAGCCGGCGAGCGCGCUGCGCAUACAGACCUCGCUCAAAGACGGGUACAACGAGCUUGACCCCAUCGCGGUCGUGGUGAUCGCGGUCACCGCCACCAUGGCCAUCCUGAGCGCCAAGGGCACUUCCCGGAUCAACUGGGUGGCGUCCGCGAUACACGUGGUCGUGAUAGCGUUCGUCAUCGUGGCAGGAUUCAUCCACGCCAACCCGAGCAACCUGACCCCGUUCAUGCCGCACGGCGUGCCGGGCGUGUUCCAGGCGGCGGCGAUCGUGUACUUCGCCUACGGCGGCUUCGACAACAUCGCGACGAUGGCGGAGGAGGUGAAGAACCCGUCGAGGGACAUACCGCUGGGGCUGCUGGGGUCCAUGUCGGUGAUCACGGUGAUCUACUGCGUGAUGGCGCUGGUGCUGAGCAUGAUGCAGCCGUACACGGCGAUCGACCGGAGCGCCGCCUACUCGGUGGCGUUCAGCAGCGUGGGGAUGCACUGGGCGCAGUACGUGGUGGCGCUGGGCGCGCUCAAGGGGAUGACGACGGUGAUGCUGGUGGGCGCGCUGGGGCAGGCGCGGUACACGACGCACAUCGCGCGGAGCCACAUCAUCCCGCCGGUGUUCGCGCUGGUGCACCCCAGGACCGGCACGCCGGUGAACGCCAACAUACUCAUCGCCGCCGCGGCCUGCUGCAUCGGCUUCUUCUCCAGCCUCGACGUGCUCUCCAGCCUGCUCUCCAUCAGCACGCUCUUCAUCUUCAUGAUGAUGGCCAUCGCGCUCCUGGUCCGGCGGUACUACGUGAAGGGCGUGACGACGCGGUCGCACGCGCUGCGGCUCCUGGUGUUCCUGCUGGUGAUCAUCGCCUCGUCGGCGGGCAUCGCGGCGUACUGGGGCACGACGCCCGGCCGGUGGGAGGGUUACGUCGCGCUGGUGCCGGCGUGGCUGCUGGGGACGCUCGGCAUCCAGAUGAUGGUGCCGGCGGCGCGCGCGCCCAAGGUGUGGGGGGUGCCGCUCGUGCCCUGGCUGCCCUCGCUCUCCAUCGCCACCAACCUGUUCCUCAUGGGCUCGCUCGGCUCGGAUGCCUUCGUCCGCUUCGGCGCCUGUACCGCCAUCAUGCUCAUCUACUACGUCCUCGUCGGCCUGCACGCCACCUACGACGUCGCCCACGAUGUGUGCAGCGAAGACGAGCUAAAAGACUACGGCGACGCCGCUGAUGAUGCUGCUGAUGAGAAGGCGACGGCGAAAACGGCCGACGUCGAGAGGGCUAGCGCGGGAGACGGCGGCCGCUAA